AGAGUGGGAGAGAAUCGGUUUUCGGUGAUAGUAUAAAGCAACGUGGAUACGGCCGCUGAAUCGUAGUCGUUUCUGUAAUUUGCUUCAGUGUCAACUUCAUUAGAAGUUCACCAUCAUGGCGUCUCUACGGAGGAAGAGAGUCUCGGUAGUCUCUCUUUCGGAGAGAAUGAAAGUCCCACCGAACAAACCAUCAGCAUGGUUCGGAUGUAGACAUGGCCAGGUGGGACUCAUGGGCCUAGGAUUCUUCUGUUGUUAUGCUAUCCGGGUAACGACGUCAGUAACCUUGGAGGCGAUGACCAAUGCAGCCAGUGCCAAUCCUAAUUUCGAGGAGUUUUAUUGGGAGGAAUCGGUGAAACACAUAAUCCUCAGCUCUUUCUUCUGGGGCUAUACCAUCACACAAAUACCUGCCAGUAUUCUCACUCAGAAAUGGACUGCUCAGGGUUUGUUUUCGGUGACCCUAGUCAUCUCUGGAUUGCUAACUAUCGCUACUCCCAUGGCCGCUCAUUAUGGUGGCUGGCAGAUGGUGAUCGCUUGCAGAGUAAUGUGCGGCCUCGUCCAAGGUGCUGUUUUACCGUGUCUGCACACCUUGCUAUCUAGGUGGUCGCCGCCUGAAGAGCGUGGUAGACUCUCAACGUUUGUUUAUUCCGGCGGCUGGAUCGGCAACGUAAUAUGCUUAUUAAGUACCGGUUUCCUCGCGGCAUCGUCCAUCGGCUGGCCUAGCUGUUUUUACGUUUGGGGAAGUCUUGGCGUCCUCAGCGGCAUCUGUUUCUACCUGCUCGGGCAGGAUUCACCUUCCGAACAUCCCAGAAUAUCUCUUGACGAAAAGGAAUACAUUGAGACGAGUCUGGGAAUAACUGAGAUCAACGAGAAACCCUCCACUCCGUGGAAGUCCAUAUUAGGGAGCUUGCCGGUCUGGGCAUUACUGAUGGCGCAAUGCGGACAGUCCUGGGGCUUCUGGAUGCUGCUGACGGAAAUCCCAUCCUACAUGAGUUCGAUUAUGCGUUUUGAUAUCAAGAAGAAUGGUAUGAUGACGGCGUUGCCCUAUUUAUCGGCGUGGCUCAUCAGCUUUCCGAUUAGCCAUAUAUCCGAUCUGUGUAUCAGAAAAAAAAUCGUGACAACGAAGAUGUCUCGGAAGAUUUGCAAUACAAUUGGUCAUUGGGUGCCGGCAGCUGCGCUGGUUGGGUUGGGUUACGUGGGGCAGGACCAGCCGGAAUUGGCUGUGGGUAUCCUCAUCAUCGCUGUGUCGUGCAACAUCGCUGCUUUUUGCGGCCAUAACAUUAAUCACAUGGACCUCAGUCCGAACUUCGCUGGUCCGCUUAUGGGAUUUACAAAUACUAUUGCAUCUGCCUGCGGCAUUCUCGCACCGCUGAUCGCCGGGGUGAUCAUCAAGGAUUCGACCAACAUAUUGCAAUGGCGAAGCGUGUUCUUUCUGUCGGCCGCAAUAUAUACGGUGGGCAAUCUAAUCUUCAUCCUAUUCGGCACCAGCGAAGUGCAAAAGUGGAAUGAUCCAAUUGAAAGCAAGAAGGAUAGCGUCAUGCGAAAAGUAUCGACAGCACUGGUGACCAUCGCGAAAAUACAGGAAAAGGAAGACGAGAGAAUUCCAUGACAAUCCAUGACAAAAAAAAAAUAGAGAAACGUAAUAUUAUGAGGCAAUAAUAGAUUUGUUUCCUAUUUUUUAUAUUUUAUUUUUCAAUUUAUGUAUUUAUCUGUGUGGAUGUGUGAUUUCUUGUGAUAACUUCUGAAUGAUUUAGAAUAUUAACAUUAUCUCAAAAAAGCGUGUAUAUAAUACCUUGACCAUUAAAAUGCUUUGACUAGAGAAGUUGAAUAUAAAUAUCAAAAAAUAUAUAUACACAUAUAUAUAUAGAAUUCACGUCGACUGCGUACAUAGGACCUACCAGAACAAUUUCUUUUUAAUUUACCCUCAAGAAUAUGUAAAAAUAAACAAAGAAAUUAAUUCCAUCCAAUUAAUUUCUAUUCUAGAUUCGGCGAUCACAGAAUUGCUGCAACUUGUAUCAAAAAGUUUA